AUGACAAAAUUUCAGAAUAUGAUUCAAUUAAAAGAUAGGAUUUUCAUAAAUACACUUAGAAUAAAGUUUAUCAAGUUUCCUUCUUGUUUCAGAACUGGUAAACUCCAUUACCCUACAAAUGUGUGCGGACCAUUGUUCGAAGAGGAGCUGGAGUUCUGGGGGCUGGACUCCAACCAGGUGGAGCCGUGCUGUUGGUCCACCUACAGCAUACACAGGGAUACACAGGUCAGUGUCUUACUUUAA